GGAAGGCCCAGGGAACCAAGCAGCGCUGCCGCCACCGCCGCUGCAGCCGGAGUUGGAGGAGGGAGAAGCUAGGAAGAAAAUGGCGGCCGUGGCUGCAGAGGCGGCAGCGACAGCAGCGUCCCCCGGGGAGGGGGGCGCCGGCGAGGCCGAGCCGGAGAUGGAGCCCAUCCCCGGCAGCGAGGCCGGUACUGACACCCUCCCGGUCACCGCCACUGAAGCAUCUGUGCCGGACGGCGAGGCCGACGGGAAGCAGUCCUCCCCUCAGGCCGACGAGCCUCCGCUCUCGCCGCCGCGGGAGCUCGCCCGGAGCCCGGAGGCGGCGGGGCCGGAGCUGGAGGCUGAGGAGAAGCCCGCCCGGGCGGUGGAGCCGGCGGUAGCCGCCCCUCAGGAAGGGCCUGACCUUCCACCUUCCCCAGCACCGCCGCCCGAGCAGCCCCCGGCUCCCGAGGAGUCCCAGGAGCCGCCGCUGCCCCAGCCCGCAACCCCGGCGCUCGUGCCGCCCGCGGGCGGGGACUCCGCCGUGUCGCAACUCAUCCCCGGCUCGGAGGUGCGGGUCACGCUGGACCACAUCAUUGAGGACGCGCUCGUCGUGUCGUUCCGCCUAGGGGAGAAGCUCUUCUCCGGGGUUCUCAUGGAUCUGUCCAAAAGGUUUGGGCCCCAUGGGAUCCCCGUGACAGUAUUUCCCAAAAGGGAAUAUAAGGAUAAGCCUGAAGCCAUGCAGCUGCAAAGUAAUACAUUCCCAGAAGGGACAGAAGUCAAGUGCGAAGUGAAUGGUGCUGUUCCCGACGACCCCUCUCCUGUCCCGCUGCCCGAGCCGAGCUUGGCUGAAAGCUUGUGGACUUCUAAACCACCACCUCUCUUCCAUGAAGGAGCACCUUAUCCUCCCCCUUUGUUUAUCAGGGACACAUAUAACCAGUCAAUACCUCAGCCACCUCCUCGGAAAAUUAAACGACCCAAAAGAAAAAUGUACAGGGAAGAACCUACUUCAAUAAUGAAUGCUAUUAAACUACGACCAAGGCAAGUCCUGUGUGACAAGUGUAAAAACAGUGUUGUUGCGGAAAAAAAGGAAAUUAGAAAAGGUAGUAGUGCAAGUGACUCUUCUAAAUAUGAAGAUAAAAAACGGAGAAAUGAAAGUGUAACUACUGUGAACAAAAAACUAAAAACUGACCAUAAAGUAGAUGGGAAAAACCAAAAUGAAAGCCAGAAAAGAAAUGCUGUAGUUAAAGUUCCGAAUAUGGCGCACAGCAGAGGCAGAGUAGUCAAAGUUUCUGCUCAGGCAAAUACAUCAAAAGCUCAGUUAAGUACUAAAAAAGUGCUCCAGAGUAAGAACAUGGAUCAUGCUAAAGCUCGGGAAGUGUUGAAAAUUGCCAAAGAAAAGGCACAAAAGAAGCAAAGUGAAACCUCUACGUCCAAAAAUGCACAUUCAAAAGUCCAUUUCACACGUCGAUAUCAGAAUCCUAGCUCAGGUUCCCUUCCACCCCGGGUUCGUUUAAAACCACAAAGGUACAGGAACGAAGAAAAUGACUCUUCUCUGAAGACAGGACUUGAGAAAAUGCGGAGUGGCAAGCUGGCACCCAAGCCCCAGUCUCGUUGCACCUCUACCCGCUCAGCAGGUGAGGCCCCUUCAGAAAAUCAGAGUCCCUCAAAAGGCCCUGAAGAGGCCAGCAGUGAGGUUCAGGACACAAAGGAAGUGCUUGUGCCUGGUGAGCAGGAUGAACCACAGACACUGGGCAAAAAGGGCAGCAAAAACAGUAUCUCUGUUUACAUGACCCUAAAUCAAAAGAAACCUGACUCUUCCAGUGCUUCAGUGUGUAGCAUUGAUAGCACAGAUGAUUUGAAAUCCUCCAACUCUGAGUGUAGUUCUUCUGAAAGCUUUGAUUUUCCUCCAGGCAGUAUGCAUGCACCUUCCACCUCCUCCACAUCCUCCUCUUCAAAGGAAGAGAAAAAGCUCAGUAAUUCCUUGAAAAUGAAAGUCUUUUCCAAAAACGUCUCUAAAUGCGUCACACCAGAUGGCAGGACCAUAUGUGUAGGGGACAUUGUUUGGGCCAAGAUAUAUGGCUUCCCUUGGUGGCCAGCCCGUAUUCUUACUAUAACUGUGAGCCGGAAAGAUAACGGCCUCUUAGUGCGACAGGAGGCCCGUAUUUCAUGGUUUGGGUCUCCAACAACCUCUUUCCUUGCUCUUUCGCAACUGUCCCCCUUUUUAGAAAACUUCCAGACACGCUUUAAUAAGAAGAGAAAGGGCCUGUAUCGCAAGGCUAUCACAGAGGCAGCCAAGGCUGCCAAGCAGCUGACCCCCGAAGUACGGGCUCUGCUGACACAAUUUGAAACGUGAACGUGGACAGUAAGCACAGAGACAUUAGCAGGCCGCCUGGCUCACAGACCUGUCCCGCAGCGACACGGAGGACACCAGAGCACCAGCACGGAGUGAAAUGGGGACUGACUCUUACAGCUGCACUAAGAAGUGAAAUGUUCAGGCAGUGGUCAAAACCCACAGUCUCUCCAGGGGCACCUGCAAAUUGUGCUAUGUUAAACCGAAGAAAAGGUAUUAGGGGAAUAUUUUCUAAAAUAUAAACUAUUGCAAUAAAUUAUGCAUGAGAUGAGAAAAGUGAUGUGAAAUACGAAAAGAACUCAUUUGAAUUUUAUGUGUGAAGAAUCACUGACUGUCUUCUUCUGAUUAUGAAGUUCUUCUCAGAAUAGUUCGGACAGGCAUAAAAGGCAUGGGAUGAUGGCAGAGGUGUUGAAUUCUCUCCCAAACUAAAACCCUGUGCUCUCUCCAAGGUUUGUGUUCCUCAGUUCAGAUAAGAGCAAAGGCGUUUCCGAACGGCCCGCCUGGGACGCCCGUGCUCCCCUCAGGGUGCCCAGUGGAGACAGCAGGGAAGGUUUGACUUGGUACUGAAAGGAUGGCCCCUCACCCUGACAAUUUGGAUCUUUUCUUUGUUCGAUAAAGCAGGGCUGCAUUACCUUGAAUAUAUGUUUGCUUGUUAGAACAUAUUAAGGUGUAUUUAUUUGACACCAGUAUUUUAACAUUUUGUGCACAUUUUCAUAAUUACAUACUUUUAAAUUCUGAGUCAAAGUAGAUCGGCUAGUGUUGAUCUUGGAGUGAAAAUGUAUACUCUGAGAGCUAGUUUUUAAAUCUGAGCUGGAAAGGCUUUUAUUUUUCCUACCAUUACUAAUUUUAUCUAGAUCAGAAAUGGUGACAGUUCUGAAUUCUGAUGUGGCCCUCUCUCCACAGAGAGCCCCCCUUCCACCUCAGUGCAAGGAUCCCUUACAGGUGCCAGGGGGCCCGGCCUGGGGCCUCGGCAGCAGGAGCAGACCUGUGCGGCCCGCGGCGGGCUUUCCAGGAACGGGGCAUGCCGGUAUGGAGACUGUGAUGUUUUUAUCUCUGGAAACUACAUAUUUAAAAAAAUUUUUUAUUGAGUGGAGAAAACAAUGAGAAACCAGAUUGACCUGUUAGUACUACAUUUUUAAGGCAUUUUAUAUUUGAUGGUGCCGUACUUUUAAUAAUAAUAAAACAAGUUUUUUAGUGGCAAUACUUGAUUUAUUUUUUAAACCAGAAAAAUAAUCCUUAUUGAUUACUUAAUACAAAAAAGGGGGAAAAUGCCAAAAAACAAAUCAUUUGAAGCUACGUAAUAGAUAACUGAGCAUUGGGCUCAAACGUUCAAACUUUCCAUCCUCUCACUGGACACGUUGGGAAUCAUUUGGCUCCGCACUCAGGCUCAGUAACAGGUCUGGGUGGGAGUUUCAGAACAUGUAACAUACCUGACCACCGAUUUGUUUUACAAAUCAAGAGGAAAAGGUAGGCAGUCUUGCUCCUGUGAGUUUAAUGCAAAUCCUAAUUACACUGUAAGUCAUUACAAGUUUUGAUGGCUUUCUAAAAUUGUCUUUUUGGGAAAGCAUUUAUCACGAAGUCAGCAAGCACACCUGUGAGGAAGCCGGCGGAGGAACCCCACCAGCAGGGGGUCGGAGGCGUGCAGGUCCUUCCCCGGUGCUGAGGGCGCCGCCCCCCACGGCCUGGGUCAGCGGGGCAGGCCUGGCCGUCCCGUCCCCCGGCGGUGUUAACCCCCGGCACCUUCAGGUUCCCUUCUCACCAGACGCCCCAGUCAGGGUGACUGUCAGGAGUUUCAGUUAAGCUUUCUAGUUAUUUGUUCCAAGUGAUGGGAGUGACCAAGGAGUAAGAUAAAGGCAAAAGAAUUGAGAUCAGGUUUUAAAUACCUAAUGUUUCUCAUGACAAAUUCUCAAGGGUGUUUUGUUAUAAACCAGAUUUUCAUUUUUUAAAAAAUGAAACAGUGGUAUUUAAAAUCUAGAUAUACCAUGUUGCUAUUCCACUUUCAUUGCUUUAGUUGCUUAAUAUUUAAGCUUUGCUUCGUGCUACCUUUGUCUGUAUUUCAAAUCUUCAGAAGCCUAUUUCAUUUUGUAGACUUGAAUGACAAAAAUCGUUUCUCAUCUAUAAAGUAUGCUGAGACACAAAUGUUAAAGAAUGUGGUGUAACAUUUAUCCAAUAAAGUCUUGAUAUUUUUAAAAA